UGUCACUUGCAUUAUUUUUCCAUCUUUAUAAUUUAAGGUUAUGUUGUUUCAUACCUGUUAAACAUACUUUCACCGUAAAUUAUUUAAAUUGGUUACAAACAUACAAUAAAUAAUAAAACAUUGAACGAUGGCACUCAAUUUAGUUGUAAAGAUUCAUCCUGUAGUAUUAUUUCAAAUCGUUGAUGCAUAUGAAAGAAGAAAUGCUGAUUCGCAUCGCGUUAUCGGAACAUUACUUGGUAAUGUUGAAAAAGGUGUUGUCGAAGCGACAAAUUGUUUUUGUGUACCCCACAAGGAACAUGCCGAUCAAGUUGAGGCAGAAUUGAAUUAUGCUAUGGAUGUGUAUGAUCUAAACCGUCGUGUAAAUUCAUCAGAAAAUAUUGUUGGAUGGUGGGCCACCGGAAAUGAAGUAACUAAUCAUAGUUCUGUAAUUCAUGAAUAUUAUUCGCGAGAAUGUAAUAAUCCAGUACAUGUUACUUUGGAUACAAGUUUACAAGGUGCACGAAUGGGUUUGAAGGCGUAUGUUUGUGUUCAAUUGGGAGUUCCAAAAGGUAAAGUCGGUUGCAUGUUUACCCCUGUAAGCGUUGAAGUUGCAUCGUAUCCACCAGAAAUCGUUGGUCUUCAACUAUGCCAAAAAACAAUGACUGGAAAUGCAGCCCAUAACAAACAUGUGCAGCCGAUGUUAGAUUUGUCGCAAGUAUCAGAAGCCAGCUUGAAGUUGAAUGGCUUAUUGGAUCAAGUAUUAGCGUAUGUAGAAGAUGUGCUUGCAGGCAGUACACCACCGGACAAUGCUGUUGGCCGUGCAUUAUUAGAUCUUGUACAUUCAGUUCCACAUAUGAACCAUGAACAAUUCUCAGAAAUGUUUAAUUCCAAUGUUAAAGAUUUGCUUAUGGUUGUAACUCUUUCACAAUUAAUUAAAACUCAAUUACAACUGAAUGAAAAAUUAACAUUACUUACUUCUUUGUAAUUGUAUUCAGUUCAAUGAGAAAUAAAACAAUUUUUAUGAAUAGAAAAUAAA